GGCGCCGGGCGCAGCAUGGGCGGCCCGCGGGCCUGGGCGCUGCUCUGCCUCGGGCUCCUGCUCCCGGGAGGCGGCGCCGCGUGGAGCGUCGCGGGAGCCCCGCUCUCCGGGCGCAGGAACUGGUGCUCAUACGUGGUGACCCGCACCAUCUCAUGCCACGUGCAAAACGGCACCUACCUUCAGCGAGUGCUGCAGAACUGCCCCUGGCCUAUGAGCUGCCCGGGGAGCAGCUACAGAACGGUGGUGAGACCCACGUACAAGGUGAUGUACAAGACGGUGACCGCCCGUGAGUGGAGGUGCUGCCCCGGGCACUCGGGGCUGAGCUGCGAGGAAGUCGCAGGCUCUGCUGGCUUUGUGGAGCCCAGAUGGCCGGGCAACGCCAUGCGGCGGAUGGCACUUCGGCCCACAGCUUUCUCAGGUUGUCUCAACUGCAGCAAAGUGUCAGAGCUGAGCGAGCGGCUGAAGGUGCUGGAGGCCAAGGUGGCCGUGCUGACUGUCACGGAGCGGGCAGUGCCCCCGACCCCAGCGGCCCCUGAGGACCCUGCCCUGCUCUGGGGCUCCCCAGCUGCCCAGGGCAGCCCCGGAGAGGGAGGCUUCCGGGGGCUGCCAGGAGCCAGAGAGAGCGUGAGGGCCCCGCUGCUCCCUCGAGACGACCAGGUCGGUGCUCGGGGGCUGCCUGGGCCUGCUGGCCCCAAGGGAGACGCCGGCAGCCGGGGCCCAGCGGGCAUGCGAGGCCUGCCAGGUCCACAGGGCCCCCCGGGGAGCCCUGGCCAGGCUGGAGCAGUGGGCACCCCAGGAGAGAGGGGACCUCCGGGCCCACCAGGGCCUCCUGGGCCCCCUGGGCCCCCAGCCCCCAUUGGGCCAACUCAUGCCCGGAUCUCCCAGCAUGCCCGGCCUGACCUGCACGUGGGGCAGAGCGUGGAGCGCCAGGUUCAACCUCAUCUCCAUCGUGUCUUCGGGGACCCGUUACUGUCCAACACCUUCACUGAGACCAGCAGCCACUGGCCCCAGGGACCCACUGGGCUCCCAGGCCCCCCAGGCCCUGUGGGUCCCCCUGGACCUCCUGGCCCCACAGGUGUCCCUGGGAGUCCUGGACACAUGGGACCUCCAGGCCCCAUCGGACCCAAAGGACUCUCUGGGCACCCAGGAGAGAAGGGCGAGAGAGGACUGCGUGGGGAACCCGGCCCCCAAGGCUCUGCGGGGCCGCGGGGAGAACCUGGCCCCAAGGGAGACCCUGGUGAGAAGAGCCACUGGGGGGAGGGGUUGCACCAACUACGCGAGGCUUUGAAGAUUUUAGCUGAGAGGGUUUUAAUCUUGGAAACAAUGAUUGGGCUCUAUGAACCAGAGCUGGGGUCUGGGGCAGGCCCUGCUGGCACGGGGACCCCCAGCCUCCUUCGGGGCAAGAGGGGAGGACACGCAGCCAACUACCGGAUCGUGGCCCCCAGGAGCCGGAACGAGAGAGGCUGAGGGCGGUGGCGGCCCCUGGGGUGGACCAGGCCAGGCUUCCCUUCCGAGCCUGGAUGUGGCCAGCUGCCUCCAGGGACCGCCCGUCCAUAUUUAUUAAUGUCCUCAGGGUCCCUUCUGCCAUCCAGGCCUUAGGGGUGGGCAGGUCUUGGUCUGGGCACCUCGCACAUGACAGGCUGAGCGGGGACUGGGGCCCGAGCUGGAGGCAGGAGGUGAGGUCGGGGUCUCGGUUCCCCUGUGUGACAAGGGGUGACGCGGGCCUUCAAGGAGGGGUCAGAGGUACGAGGCUUCCGGUCUCAUCAGCUGUCUGAGCACCCAGGCCCAGAGGCACUGGGGAGUCGGGAGCAGGAGCCAGAGCUCUGCCUGGCCCCCAGCACACGCAGGGACCACCAGGGGGGUCUCCCUCCCUUUCCUCCCUAGCUGAACCGUGGGGACCCCCCCCCCGCAACUCCGUCCUUGUUUUCCAGUGCUGGGACCCCAACCCUGAGGUCAGGCUGUCUCAUCUCUGGCUGGACUGUGGGGGCUCCUUGCCUCAGUUCUGCCCCGAGCCCCCGGCCCCUUCCCAGUGUCCCAGCUGGGGGUGGGGACACGGAGAGGAAGGGGCCACCUGCUCCCACCAGUAUUUGUGACAGACACAGGAGGUAGCUGUGUACUGGCCAAUAAAGGCCCCUCCUCCGAUCCCACCCA